CGCGAUUUAUCACACGAAUAUCAUUCAACAUGGUGGGGGGAAUGAUAUUCUCGGAGGAUUGCAAGAACUAUUUAUAUGAAGCUCAUGGUCGGUAACUCCAAGCAGUAUUCUACAAGAGAUCAACGCGUCUAGUUCACGUUCCAGCGUAAAAUAUCAAAAUGCCCAGCUACAAAUUGACUUACUUCAACAUCACUGGCCUUGCUGAACCAAUUAGGCUGGUUUUGCACCAAAGUGGAAUUAAAUUCGAGGACAAGAGGCUCACUCAGGACGAAUGGCCGGAAGUUAAAAAAGGUAUGCCACUUGGUCAAGUACCCGUCUUGGAAAUCGACGGCAAGGCUUACUAUCAAUCGAAAGCAAUCCUUCGCCUGCUCGCCAGGAAGAACAAUCUCUAUGGUUCCAACGAUGAAGAAGCUUUCCUAGUCGAUGCCACCGUUGACACCAUCGAUGACGUGAGAUCAGCAUACUCUCAGUACCACUGGGAACAAGACCCUGGAUACAAAGCCAAGCUGAAGACCAACGCUGAAAACAAGCUUCCCAUGCUCCAUAAGUUGGAUGAGCAGGUGAAGAACAACGGAGGACACUUUGUCAAUGGAAAGUUGACAUGGGCUGACCUUUUCUAUGCCGCACAAUCGGAAACCUUGUCCAACAUGCUGCAAACCGACAUCAACAAAGACCACCCUGAACUGAAGAAAUUGGUAGAGAAAGUCAGGUCACUACCCAACAUCAAAGCUUAUCUCGACAGCCGACCCAAAAGCAUGUUUUAAGCUUAGAGACUUUCUACGUGCUUUAGAGUUCAACAGGACUUGAUUGGUUUAUUUCCUUGCAAGUGUACUUGCAGAUUCUUUUACAUUUAAUGUUUUAUACAAAUUUCACGUCACGUUUAUGAAAGCAUAGAUGAGAUAGAUGAAUGGUUUUUACAAAUUGUUAUGUAUGAUAUGAGUAGAAAAAUAAAUAUCGCUUAUAUUUA